ACACGACAGCAGCAGAGCGACAGGGCUCUGGCUCUGGCUGCCAAAUCACUUGACGCCCUGCCUCCGGCACUCUGCGGUGUAGGGUUAUCAGUCAGGGAUUCGGGGGUGGAGAACGGUUCCAGCUCCCCGUUUCGGCACACCAUCCUGACGCCGAAAUCUGGAGUACGAACGAGGUUAUAUAUUCGACAACCUGCGAUCCGUGCUUCUCGGCGGGGUACAAACGGUAGAAUCGUAGAAAGACACUCGUGCUGCUCUUGUCCUUGCGACCUUCAACCUGGACCCUGCCUAUUGCGAAUCGUCAAUUCUGGUCACACACAAUGGGCUCCAACGACACGGACACGCCACAUGGCGCAGAGGGCAAGACGGAGAUGAAUGCCGACGAGCUUCGUCUCGCGCAGAUGGGCCACACGCAGGAACUCAAGCGCCACUUCAGUAUGCUUAGUCUCAUCGGCCUGGCCUCUACCACGACCAUUUCGUGGACGGGCUUGGGACUGGGUCUGAUCACGGAGAUCGGAGCCGGUGGACCCGGAGCAGUCAUUUACGGCUUCAUCCUCGUCACCUUUUUGCAAUGCUUCCUGGGCGCUUCUCUGGCCGAGUUCGUCUCGUCGUACCCGACGUCCGGUGGCAUGUACCAUUGGAUCGCCGCCGUUGCGCCGCGAAAAUGGACGGGCAUCUUGAGCUUCUUCACUGGCUGGUUCAGCGUGCUGGGCUGGAUCUUCACCACCGCGUCAACCAACAUCAUCUAUGCCCAAAUUUUGAUGGCUCUCAUUGCUCUGUACAUUGAAGACCUAGAGAUUAAGACAUGGCAGACUUUUAUUGUCUAUCAGGGCCUGAACCUGCUCACAGCCGCCGUCGUCAUGUUCGGAAACAGAAUCAUUCCAGCGCUCAACAGGUUCUCGCUGUUCUACCUCCAGAUCGGCUGGCUGGUCGUUCUCAUCACCGUUGUUGCAUGCGCGCCGACCUACCGCAACGCCGAUUUCGUCUUCACCACCUGGAUCAACAACACGGGCUGGAAGAACCAGGGUAUUUGCUUCAUCACGGGCCUUGUGAACCCUUUGUACAGUCUUGGUGGACUGGACGGAAUCACUCACAUCACUGAGGAGAUGCCGAAUCCGUCCCGAAAUGCCCCGUUGGCAAUCGCAAUCACCCUCAUCAUUGCCUUUUGCACCGGUAUUACUUACCUUAUCAGCCUCAUGUUCUCCAUCCAGGAUUUCGAUGCCCUCACUAGCACCAAUACCGGCCUGCCCCUGGCAGAGCUCUUCCGACAAGUGACGCAAAAGGCAGGUGGUGCUUUCGGCCUGACCUUUAUUCUCUUUGUUGCUCUCGGGCCCUGUGUCAUUAGCUCCCAGCUGAGCACAGGUCGCGUCUUCUGGGCGUUUUCCCGAGAUGGCGCCAUUCCUCUGUCGAAGAUCUGGUCUAAAGUUGAUCUUCGUCACCAAGUUCCCCUUUACUCCCAAAUUGCCGUCACUGCCAUCAUCGCCGCUUUGGGUUGUCUCUACCUCGGUUCCACGACUGCCUUUAACUCCCUGCUUGGAACCGCUGUCACCGUCAACAACAUUUCAUACAUGUUUCCCAUUCUGACUAACCUACUGACCGGCCGGAAGAACAUGCAUAGAGGUGUCUUCCAUAUGGGACCCAAGCUUGGACCAUUCGUCAAUGCCGUUACUGUGGCCUGGCUUACCUUUGCCAUCGUGUUUUUCUCAUUCCCCUACGUUCAGCCAGUGACGGUGCAGAACAUGAACUAUACCUGCGUCGUCGUGGGAGGACUGUUGAUCUUGGUUGGGGCAUGGUGGCUUAAGGCAGGAAAGGCAUAUACUGAACAGAUGCAGAAGGCAAAGGAGCAGUAGGGUUAGAGACAGAAGUAGAAUAUGAUUAGCUGCUGAUAUUGCUCUUUCAGUUAUAUCCAUUUGCUGUACAGAGUAACGAUUCAAAUAAUUUGAUUUGAAGACAGAAGCUUGAAACGUAAAACUAUCCAUGAUGUUUAUAAAA